AUGCGAUCAAACGGACCUCGGUACUUGCUCAGAAUGCGACAGCGGCCAGCAACGGCCAUCCAAAGGGGAAAUAUCACCGGUUCCACGGCCCUGAUUUAUAAACUAACUGAUCCCCGGAUUUCUGGACCAUUUUCCUAUCCUUCAUUUCCCUCCAUUCUUCAUCCUUAUACCUCUCCCAUCCCCCUAUCACACAUUGACGUCAUGUCUACUGCCCAGCAACGUCUCAACCAGGUUUCCUCCCACUUCGGCCCUGGCGGCAAGAAGGGAGCCGCCGCCCUCCUCGAGAAGCACGCUGAUGACAUUGUGGUAACAUGUGCCCUGCGCACUGCCCUCACAAAGGGUGGUAAGGGUGGCUUCAAGGAUACCGCUGGCGCCGAUCUUCUUGCCGGUGUCUUCAAGGCUGUUCUGAACAAGAGCGGCGUUGACCCCAGCGCUGUCCAGGAUAUUGCCGUUGGCAAUGUCCUUGCUCCCGGUGGCGGUGCCACUGAGUUCCGUGCCGCUGCUCUUGUGGCUGGCUUCCCAGAGAGCACCGCUGUGCGGAGCUUGAACCGUCAGUGCUCUAGCGGUCUCCAGGCUAUUGCCGAUAUCGCCAACGCCAUUCGGUCUGGCAUGAUCGACGUCGGCAUCGGUGCCGGUGUCGAGAGUAUGUCGUCUCAGUACGGACCUGGUGCCGUGACCGAGUUCUCCGACCUCCUCGAGAGCCACCCCGAGUCCGCAAACUGCAAGGUCCCCAUGGGUGUCCUGUCCGAGAACAUGGCCAAGGACCGUGGUGUGACCCGUGCUUCCCAGGACUCCUUCGCUGCCAACUCAUACCAAAAGGCCCUUGCCGCCCAGAAGGCUGAUCGCCCCCUGGACGUGAAGUGGACUGACCCCAAGACCGGCGAGGAGAAGACCAUCACCGUGAAGGCUGAUGACGGCAUUCGCCCGGGUAUCACUGCUGAGUCGCUCGGCAAAAUCAAGCCCGCCUUUGCCAAGGAUGGCUCCAUCCACGCCGGUAACGCCUCUCAGAUUUCCGACGGUGCCGCCGCCGUUCUCCUCAUGAAGCGGUCCACCGCCGAGCGUCUGGGCCAGAAGAUCCUCGGCAAGUACGUUGCUGCCAGCGUCGUCGGUGUCAAGCCCCUUCUCAUGGGCGUCGGCCCCUGGAAGGCUAUCCCCAUUGCCCUGGAGAAGGCCGGCAUCACCAAAGAUGAGGUCGACAUCUACGAGAUUAACGAGGCAUUCGCUUCCCAGUGUGUCUGGUGUGUUAACGAGCUCGGCAUUCCCGCCGAGAAGAUCAACCCCAAGGGUGGUGCUAUUGCUUUCGGUCACCCUCUUGGCUGCACUGGUGCUCGCCAGGUCAGCACACUGUUCACUGAGCUCAAGCGCACAAACAAGAAGAUUGGUGUCACCAGCAUGUGUAUCGGUACCGGUAUGGGUAUGGCCGCGGUCUGGGUGGCGGAGUAA